AUGUCCAAGGUUAAAGUUUUAAUGCAGCACAAACUAGCUCCAAAUCCAAAUCCGCCACGAAUUAAGCCAACUGCUAUCGUUAUGGGGCGAACAGGAGCGGGAAAAACGACGUUGUAUAAUUUACUUUGUAGUACAGAGAAUGAUGCGGGUGCAGGAGCAGGAAGUGUGACGCAAAGCCUUUAUCGUAAUAACGUUAAUUGUGGUGACAAGGCAUUUCUUUUAAUCGAUACACCUGGAACAAACAGUUCAUCGGAAACAUACAAACAUGCAUUUUUGUUAAGAAGUGCUUUAGUAGCGACAAAAAUUAACACAGCUUUUAUUAUUACUAAAUAUGAAUCUCGUUUUGAUACUAUGCUGGAAAACUGCUAUGAAGUAGAAAGACCUAUUUAUGAUUAUGAUAAAAACAUUGUUGUUAUGAUUUCUCAUUGGGAUCAUUCUGAAAAUCCAAAAAAAGAUUACGAUACAAUUUGCGAAUUAUUUAAAGAUUAUUGUACAAAUAUAAUAUUUUAUUCGAAAAAUAGUUGGUCUCCGGAAAUUUCAGGUUUCAUGUAUAAUUGUAUAUCGAACAUGGAACCAAUACAAAUUAUAAUAACAGACGAAGAUUUCUUUCUCAAAAUUCAACGUCACUGA